AUGUGUGUUGACUAAUGCGCAACAAUCGGUAUAAUUUGAGGUCUAGUUAAAACACACACCACAAAGAAAGUAAUGGGAUAUAGUUAAGCUAAUCUGAUAAUGGAAAGUAAUGCACCUGAGCUCGGUGCGAAGCCAAGAACCAAAAAUAUAAACAGCCACUCUGGGCGAAACCAGGGCGACGGUGCCAGUCACAGAGUGGUGCGCAAGCUACCGCCUCGUGCUGCCAACGACCGCCGCAACAUCUACAUUACCAGCAAAACAGACUUCAAGGCACAGCAGAAGCGAUGCAAGGAACUGCUCAAUUCGGGCGUUAAGGAGAUAUUCUUGCAUUGCAUGGGCUACUCGAUCACUCGCGGCCUCAACCUUGCCCUGCGUCUCAUCAAGAACUCGGAGGGCGCUUUAGGCUACACCAUCAACACCUCCACCAUACAGCUAGUGGACGAGCUGCAUCCGCUGUGUGAUGAGGACGAUAUAACCUUUCGGCAGCGAAAUAACUCAGCACUGCAUAUCAGGAUCUUCAGCAACAACUUAUUUAACAUUGACGUGCCCCAGCUCCCGGCUCCGCCUGCUCUGCCAAAGGUCAGUCAACGCGAGCCGCCGAAGCCCCAACAGCCGAAGCAGCAACAUCAGCACCCACAGAAGGCGAACUUCAAGAAACAGAAGGCAAAGGCCGCCAAGAAACAGAAGGCAAAGGCCGCCAAGAAACAGAAGGCAGAGGCCGCCAAGAAACAGAAGGCAGAGGCCAAGAAACAAAAAAACACCUAGGUUUCAAAAGUAAAAAAUGUUCAAACUAUCGG